AUGGACUUGGCAAUUGAUCUGUCUGAUGCCUCCAAGGCCUUGGAUCUGGCCAACAUUCGCUAUCAACUGAUCCGUCUUGAGGAUACGAUUACAUUUCACCUGAUCGAGCGCGUUCAGUUUCCUCUGAAUCGAACCAUCUAUGUCCCUGGUGGGGUGAAAAUCCCCGGCAGCGACCUCAGCUUGAUGGACUAUAUGCUUCGUGAACAAGAGCGUCUCCAGUCACGAGUCCGUCGUUACCAGUCCCCUGACGAGUAUCCUUUCUUCCCCGACGCCCUCGAAGAGCCUAUCCUGCAGCCGCUCGAAUACCCCAAGAUCCUGCACGAUAACGAUGUCAACGUCAACAACAUCAUCAAGAAGCGCUAUGUAGAAGAGAUCCUGCCUGCGGCUUGUCGAAAAUUUGGCCGUGAAGAUCGUGGCGAGGCAAAGGAGAACUACGGCUCUUCGGCCACGUGCGACGUCAGCUGCCUGCAGGCCCUUUCCCGCCGGAUUCACUUUGGCAAGUUCGUUGCGGAAUCCAAGUUCCAAAAGGACCCCGAGAGGUUCGUGAAGCUGAUCAAGGCUGGGGAUAUUGACGGGAUUGACGCCGCCAUAACCGAUGCCAAAGUCGAACAGAAAGUGCUGGAGAGGUUACGACUGAAGGCUAAAACGUACGGCACCGACCCCGCGGCGCCUGAUGAGGCCAACCAGAAGAUCAAUGUGGAUGCGGUCGUGUCGAUGUACAAGGAAUGUGUUAUUCCUCUAACCAAGAUUGUAGAAGUGGAAUAUCUCAUGCAGCGUCUAAAAGGAACAAAGUGGGAAUAG